GCUGCUGCUGCUGUAAUGGAGUUUGACAACGAGACCAACCAGAACUUCACAGGCAUGGACUCCUACAAGCUGGAGGUGGCUCUGCCACUCAGUGUGCUGGUGGGGUUCAUGAUCCUGCUCAUAGUGUUCGGUAAUGUGCUGGUGGUCAUUGCUGUGUUUACAAGCAGGGCUUUACGAGCUCCUCAGAACUUAUUCUUGGUGUCUCUGGCAUCAGCGGACAUUCUGGUGGCAACCCUGGUGAUGCCUUUCUCCCUGGCCAAUGAGCUCAUGGGGUACUGGUACUUCGGUGAGGUGUGGUGUGAGAUUUAUCUCGCACUCGAUGUUCUAUUCUGCACUGCUUCCAUCGCCCACCUCUGUGCCAUCAGCUUGGACCGCUACUGGUCCAUCACCCAGGCCAUUGAGUACAACUUGAAGAGGACACCACGCCGCAUCAAAAGCAUCAUCUUCAUCGUUUGGGUAAUUGCCGCCAUUAUCUCCUUUCCACCUCUGAUCACAAUGGAGAAGAAGAACCAAAAGAAAUUUCCAGAGUGUGGGAUCAAUAAUGACAAGUGGUACGUCGUCUCCUCCUGCAUUGGCUCUUUCUUCCUGCCGUGCAUCAUCAUGGUGCUGGUCUACAUACGGAUCUACCAAAUCGCCAAAAAAAGGACUCGGGCGCCACCAGGAGACCGGAAGCGGGAUGAUGUGACAAAGCCAGCCAACGCUGCUGCUGUCAACCUGAAGGAAAAUGGCAUGGGCGACGCAGAGGAUCGCCUCUGUCACGAGAAGCUCAAUGGUGAGCGGGACAUCGAGCUAAAGGAAGGACUGAGAGGAGCACGGGAAGCCGAUGAAGUGAAAGGUGAGGUCAACGGGGUGGACCUGGAGGAUUCAUCCUCCUCCGACCACAAGGUGAACAACCCAUGCUCUAUUAAAAAGAAAACAAACAAGGGGAAAACCAGACUGAGCCAAAUCAAACCAGGGGACACUUACACCCCAAAGCAGGCGCAGAGCACCAAGGCCAGCCGUUGGAAGGGCCGGCAGAACAGAGAGAAACGAUUUACCUUCGUUCUAGCAGUAGUAAUUGGAGUCUUUGUCAUUUGCUGGUUUCCCUUUUUCUUUACGUACAUGCUGAUGACGCUGUGUGAGUCCUGCCACGUGCCCAUGACCCUAUUCAAGUUCUUCUUCUGGUUUGGCUACUGUAACAGUGCCCUGAACCCCCUCAUUUACACCAUCUUCAACAAUGACUUCAGAAGGUCCUUCAAAAAGAUCCUGUGCAAGAGGGACACAAGAAGAUACGUAUGAUUCAGUUUUCCUUUUGUUUGGUAUCUUGUACAUAAAUUGUGAAACAUCUUGCCCAUUGUGCAUGGACCAGCAGUUUGAGAACAGCCUGCCCAGGAGCAGAUUUAUGUGCAGCAUCCUCCUUCAAAAGCAUCCACCUGCCACAGCUUUAACACGGGCAGAGAACACACAAC